CCUGGUGUGCGUGCGCGAGUGGCUCAGCAGUGCUCUCUGUUUUACGCCGAAACGCUGGACUGCAUUGUGGCUGCUGAAAUGUACGGCGAGCAAUUGGAAGAGAUCAUCACGCAGCACAUGAAAAAUACACGUGACAUCUCAAAUGUAAAAUCUGAGCUUUUCCACGCACUGGCAAAUUUUUACGCCAGUAAAAGUGCUGAAGACAACAUGAAAUUUGGCGAACGGGUUGUUUAUGCCAAGACAUGUCUCGCGCACGCAAAGGAUGCGAGCGACGCUAUGACCAAACGAAUUCCCCCGGCACUCAAAGCCAAUGUGGACACGCUGUUGGAGAUUUGUCAAGCAGAACAGGCGGCAGCAACAAAUGACAACGACGAAAUCUAUCACGAACUGGUACCAGAGACGGUUGCUGAGAUAAAACCCGCUGUUCUGGUGAAUGCCAUGACAGUGCAGGAAGGGCCUGCUUCCGCGGAUUUGGUGGGACCUGAUAUUUUCAACUCGUUGGUACCCCUUUCUGUCCUUUCGGCUGUAUCCAAGUACAGCGCCGAAAAAGACGAGCUCUUCCGCAAAGUCAAAAGAGAAUUCACGGCACUCACAGACGAUAUCAAACAACGCCUCAAGACCAUGCGUUUACCUCGCGUACUUGAUUCCAUCGAUAUAAAUAAUGUUGACGGAGUGCCCAAGGAACUGCAAAGCGCGGUACAUCGUGCUCUUUCGCUCGGCAAAAUUGAAGAGCUGAAGGCUGGGCUGAAAGAGGUCCAUGCGGUGAGAGAGAAGCUAGAGCCCUCAAUACAGAAGAUUCGUUACAUGCGACAAGAAGAGGAAGGGGCGCACUUGGCAUUGCGAAAGGCUUUGGGGGACAAGUAUAGUGGAGGAGCUUCUGUCAAUCGUUUAGUCAAGGAAACGUCAUCUACCUUGGACGCUUAUAAAUCAGCGGUGGAUGCCGACACUAAAUUGCAGCAGCUAAUCUCGCAACGAGAACCCGCAUUCAAGGUUGUCCUCGCUUUGGGUACAGCCGAGCCCUCCAAUCGAGAUGCCAUCUUACCUCCCUGGGACGAAGGAAUUGACAUGAAAGCCAUUGUACAGCGCCUACGCACACUGCUACACAAGUGUGACCAGAUGUUAGCACAUCGAGAACAGCUGCAGUCUGAAUUGCGCAAUCUUGUCGACACGCAAGACAUCUCCGAUCAAUUGGUGUGGAGUGCUGUAGGCCGAAGGUUUGCCGGUGGCAAUACUGAGGAUAUCACUAUCGCAGAUGAACAGAAAGUGGACGCCACGCAACCCCAGGAUGACAAUAGUGAGCAACAACUUAGUGUAGAGGAGGUACAACGUCGCAUAAUGGAUACGGCCAUGACCAAGUAUGACUCGAUCCGGCAGAUCAUCCGCACUAACUGUGAAGCGCAGCCUCCCCUGCUACAAGCGCUUACUUCAGCCAAUGCCGAUUUUGUGAAUGCGAUGUCCAAUAGUAAACGGGGAAAGGGCGUAUCUGGAUUAGUGGAAAGUGCGAAGCAAUACGUAAAGGCAUGGGAGACAUUGCAAAGUAGUGAGCAGUUUUGGAUCAAGUUGAACCACCUAGUGGAUGAAGUUGUGGAAGGAUGGGGUUCAGUACGCAAAGAGCGCGAGAUCGAGGAAAUUCGUUCAGGUUUGGGUUCUAAACCCCCGAGCGGUGGUGCAGCAGUUCCUCCACCGCCACCCCCGCGCGCACCUAAGCCUGGGUCAAAUGCUAGCUUGGCUGAUCUGGACUCGGUUACAGGACCAUAUCCUGCCAUUAUGCCAACAGAAUUGUACUCAUCGGCAAACUCACCCGGCGAAGAGAUGCAAUAUCCAAGACCUUUAUGUCACCAAUUAAGCAGUAAUUCACAGUCGGAGGGACAUCCCGUCCCAAUUACCACUAUUGUACGGCCUCAGCAGCCACCCAUGGGAAUGUCAUAUUCGCAGAGUCCUGUCCCUACCCCUGCCCAACUCACACAGGCACAAUACUUCCAACAGUUAGGGGCAGCUGUGUCUGUUGACCCAUACCAAGCACGAACUCGUCAGAAGGAGCAGGAGUCGUUCGUACCCCCGCCAAAUCAAAUGCUUCCGCCUCAACAAUAUCAACAAUCUCAACAAUCUCAACAGCUGUAUCACACACGAUCGAACACUCCUUACAAUCAACAGAUCCCGCAACACCCGCAACCUCCGCAUCAAAAUCAAACUUACGAAGGCUCUACAUGGCUCCCCCAGACGCAAACGACGGAGGCUUCUUCUGGUACCUACAUACAGGCAUUUGCAAAUGUACCAUCGUUUGUUACGGGCGAUCCACAGAUAAAGUCGGCCAAUGCGCCACCGCUACCAGAUGAUGACGUCCAGUUUCUGUCUCUUUAUGGUAAUUUACACCGACCGCCACCAACACCGACCGCAGGCUCGCAUACUAAGCCAGAAUCGCCUACGGUAUCACAAUCGGAAGCACAGUCGCAUUCACCGACAGCCAAUCCACGGUUCAAUCAUCGGCCUCGCAUGGAGCUCUCUCGCCAUUCGCAGCAAGCGAAGCAGCAACAAUCAGAUCAAGUUGUGCAGCAGCCUACCUACAGUCAACAACAGCAAACUCAAGCAUUACAAGCUCAGGGUCAGCCGCCUAGUAUUUUUCCUGAAUUGCGACCGGUGAAUGCGCAAAUUCUGCAGCCAGAACAGGUUCAUCCGUUGCAACUCAAAGCGGAGGAUAGCACUGUCUCGCUUGGUUCCACAUCCAUACAAACGCAGGUUCCCAUGCUGCAACAGUCAAAUUUGCCCGCACGCACCUCGCCGUUGCCCACCAAUCCAUUCGAGAAUUGGAUUGCCGCUGCUGAAGCACUUACGACCGAAGAAGAGAUCGAAGUCCAGACACCAUCACCCCAUAUCCCAAAGAUAUCAUCUGCCGAGCUAGACGCUGUAUUUGGAAGCGGAACGGUGGCUACCAGUAUGACAGCCACGACGACGAUGAAUGUUGUGCGUUCGUCAGAGCCGCUGUCUCCACCGCCUGUGCAGCAAGCCAGCACGUCUCAGACAGUUGUGUGCGACAUGAAGACCGGUUCGCAAAGCGCAAGUUCAACGCCUCAGAUGCAACAGCCUGUAGGCAAUCAAUCUCAGACGCAGUUUGUAUCAUCCGAGCUUGCUCCACACUCUGGGCAAGUAUCAUCACAUAUUUCCGGGUAUACCGCACCGCAGCCACAACUAAAUCAAGCGCAGUCGCAGCAGCCACAAGAUGGGCAGUAUUUCGACGCAUCGAACCACCCACUUCACUUAAGUGAGCAGUCACAACACGAGGUACAUGCACAGCCACAGGCUCCGAUGAAUAUACGAGUGUCUCUGGGCUCCCCCUUGACCUCGUAUCAGCAACAACAGCUGCAUCCACAACAAUACCAUCUAAAUCAGCAGCAACAGCCACACGUUGCACAAUACCACCAGCAACAAGAACAACAUCGUAAUCCGCAACAACAACAUCCGCAACAGCAACAUCAACAGCAACCGACACAAAGACCACAGCAACCUUACUCACAACCACAAUCUCAGGCUUACGCAUCAAUUACUCAUAGGUACUCGCCAAACUCUGAAUCCAGUAUCUCGAAAUCCCACAGUAAUGAAUUGGCAUCACAUUAUCAGCGACAAUCACACGUCACCUACGGCCCACCUGCAAGACCGGCUAGUAGCAAACCUGGCAGUGCACCACCUCGGCCCUCACAGAUAUUGCCGCCGACGCCAGUACCCCAACCCGUAAAAUACGAUCAAAAUAUUUUCGCAGUGGCAAUGGCCCAAAACGAUGUACUACAACGGGCGCAACAGCAGAAUCAACAGCAUAUUUUGGGAAGCAUAUCUCAACAGUACGCGAUACCCAUAGUAAAUCAGGUACCACCGAUUGCUGGACAGCAGACAUUGCCACAACCACUACAGACAUUGCCACAACCACUUCAAACACAGCAAAUUCCUCAGCGAUCCAUACAUAUAUCAGAGCAGCAUACGUAUGCUCCAAUACAGCAACAUCAGGGCCAACAAUCAGAAUACGGGCAAUUAGCGCAACAGUUUUCACAGCCGCAGCCGCUAUCAUUUAUGCCAGCACAAUCGCAGGAGUUACAGGAUGCACAGCGAUCAUCAGGGUUUUCUUUGAUUUGA